GGUAAGAUGAUUUGUGUAUCAACCAUCGGAAAGCUUUUUUGGGGUUGAAGUGAAGCUUUAAGAAAGAAGUGCCUUCUUCUCCCUUUGUCUAAAAUGCACGCAUGUGCUUUGUGCAUGCAGACGCGUUCGGGUGCGCCGCUCCGAUCCAAAAAUGAUGGGCAAAAAAAAAAAAAAGCGUGUCUUCAACUUGUAGGAUGUCAUCAUUUGUCAGCUUUUAACAAGAGUGCUUGCGUUUUGCAGUUUGCGCUUGUUUGCAGGAAUUUACUCACAAUGCAUCUCACGGCCGUGCUCUUGUUUGUAGCCGUGACGGGCGUCGCUGGAGCUUGGGGAUGCAGCUGCAACGCCGAGAAUGGAUUUUGUGAGAAAACUGGAAAGUGCAGGUGCAAACCAGGCUGGCAGGGAGACCACUGCGAGCGCUGCAUCCGUUUCCCGGGCUGCCUGCACGGCUCUUGCGAGAAAGCGUGGCAGUGUGUGUGUCAACAGGGCUGGGUGGGCAGCUUAUGUGACCAAGAUACUCGCCUAUGCUCGUCACGGCCUUGCUCUGGGAAUGCCACCUGCAUCGAGACCGGAGAGGGGGGAUACUUGUGCGUCUGUCCUCAAGGUUUCACCGGACCAACCUGUCAGCUGAGGAGGAAAAUCUGUCACAGUGAUGGCUCUCCUUGCCAGAAUGGAGGUACUUGUACCGAAACGGGUGACUCCUUGGAAGCCCACUCCUCCUGUUUGUGCCCCCCUGGAUUUUCCGGAAACUUCUGUGAGAUCACUCCUGACGUCUGUAGAUCUAACCCGUGUCUAAACGGCGGCAACUGCACAAACCACGAGGCGACCUUCACAUGCUCCUGCCCACCAGGCUUCGUGGGGCUGACUUGCAACGACACCGGCUUCUCUCCGUGCGCCGCAGCGCCCUGCGCCAGCGGAGCCACGUGCGUUAGCCAACCUGACGGAAACUUCCGCUGCCUUUGCCCCAAAUGGUUCUCAGGCCCGCUGUGUUCCACACAGCACCGGCCCAAAGCCAAACCCAAACAGCCCGCCGCCAAGCCCAUGGACCACAAGGUGUUUUCGCUGACUCCGCAGCACUACUCGCUCCCCGCCCACGCCUUCCACAAGCUCCUCCAACCGCCAGAAAGGGAUCUUCUCAAGAUCACGCUUAAAGAGACGGUGCACCACUCCCCCGGCAUGCUGUCCAGCCACGGUCAGCUUGUUUGUUUCGGCAUGCUGGCCCUGCUCACCUGCCUGGUCAUCCUGGCCACCUCGGCCAUCGUCCUGUUCGGCCGCUGCGAGGCGUGGCUGGCCAACGCCAAGUACAGCAAGCUCGUGAGGCAGCAGAGGGAGCACCUGCUGAAGGAGGCGACCGGAGCGAGCCACGAGGAGACGGAACACUCGGUGAACAUCAUCCUCCCGGAGAAGAUCAGACUGAACAGCUUCGGGAGAAACUAUACCUCCAUCUGACCUUAGAAAAGUGUUGCAGUGAAUGUCAAGCAGAAGCGGACCUUGAAUGUACAGUCGAGCACAAACAUGACACUGGAUUGUGGGGGUUCUCAAAUUGUUUGGGUCCAGGGACCCUUUACAGGGGAGACAUUUUUCCAAGGACCUCCCUCAAAAACGUCAAUAAACAUAACCGCAGUAUGCCUCAGGAAUCAUUCAGCUUUUGAAUGUUUCAAUCUACUGGACAGAAAUGAAAGGAAGUAACUUCAAUUGAAUUAAUUAUAAUAUUUGCCCAUCAUCAGCUGACAUUAUUUUUGUGGACCCCCAAGUUACAACUCGCGGAGCCCUGGUGAUCUGAGGACCCCAGUUUGAGAACCACUGACGUGUGACAUUAUGAAAAAUGUAUUAUACCAAAUAGCAACGUGUUCUGUGCCGUUUCACUAUGAUAUUAGUUCAGUAUAUGCAAAUGUUUUCAUACCAUAUGGACCAGUGUGCAUUGUCCAUGUUGAUGAAUGCAAAAACGUGUUGCCAAAAGAUAAUAAUAAUGUUCUACUUGUGCCAAUAAUGAAUAAAAUCAAACAACGCGCCAUGCUUAAUGGUGACCAGAAUCCCAACAUCCUGGUUUAAAUGUAGCUAACUAAUGAUGGAACAUUGUGAUUUCCUGAGAAUGUUGUUGAAGUGCUCGUAUAAAAAUGUAAAGACUUGAAGAGAUUUUUAAAGAUGAAGUGCAUAUUGUAUAUUUAUCAUUUUAUAACCUUGUUCAGUAUUAUUAUUAUUGAUUGUUUUGGAACCCAUUUGAAGUAUCUGUGCGAUUUUACUUCUGAAUGAAGGUAGGCUCAAUCUUCAAAAUGUCCUCCAGGCUGACACCUUUCAAAAAUCGUAUAUGUAACUAUAUCGAUGACUUGUAAAUGUGCUGAUGCUGUGUGUCAUUUUGUGAGAGUCACACUUGUGCAGCAGUAUGGAAAAAUAUUCUGAUUUAUUAGCUGGUGACAUAUGUUUUCCUGUUCUUCAGAACCAUUCCCCUCUCAUAAUUUGUUGAAGUCACACAGAAUUCAGCGGCAUCAAAAAAAGAACAAUAUAUAAGUGUAAAAUGCUUCAAUAAUCAACAUAUAAGAAUAAAUCAAAAUAAACUGGGGUGACAUGCCAGGAAAAAAAAACAGAUUCAAUUGGAAC